UUUGUGGUAGCAAUGGCCGACGCCGUCGAAAAAUUAAUUUUGCAAAGUGAUUGGCAAGAGAGUUUACGGGAACAGGAGGGGAAGGCAUGGGUGACCUACAAACGUGGUGAUAAACUUGGGGUACAUGGUGAAUUGGAGACGCAAGGUAUUUCAAGUGAGGGUUUGCCAUAUUUGAUUGGAUCAGACGGUUUCUCUGUGGAUAAAAUUACAAAGUAUAGAAUAGCAGUGACAUAUAGUGGACAAGAGUCUAGCAUCACAAGAAAAUUUGUUGCUCCACAAAUAACCUACUCUACUAUUCAUGAUUUAAAGAAAAAGGUAUUAUCAUUGGAUGUGACACCUGGGGGUCUUGGCAUAUCUAGUGAUAGCAGUGGACUUUUAAGAGUCUGGGAAGCAAGAACAGGAGAAGUUAGAAGAGAACUGACUGGUCAUUAUGGUGAUGUUUAUACUUGUAAAUUUUUCCCAUCUGGUAUUGUGGUUCUAUCUGGUGGAGCAGACAUGCAGCUUAAGAUAUGGUCAGCAGAAACAGGAGACUGUGCAGCCACUCUGAUUGGUCAUAAAGGAGGUGUUUUAGACACAGCUUUUAUUGAUCGAGGUAAGAAUGUCAUAUCGUGUAGUAGAGAUGGUACAGCUAAAUUGUGGGAUGUAGGACAAAAUGCUUGUCUCUAUACAUUUGAAGAAUGUGGAGGAAUUGUUAAUUGUUGUUCUGUGGGAAUUCCUGAAAAUUCGUAUAGUCUUGGUGCUAUAGAAAUUCCAACAGGUCAGCGUGAAGUAGGUACUGAAGAUAAAUUAUUAUUAUUAGCCUGUGAAAAUGGUACAUUACAAGGCUAUGGUUUACAAAGUAGAAAAAAGGUAUUAGAGUUAGAUUGUCACAGUGCUGUUAACUGUUGUUGUUUUAUUUCUAAUGUCCAUGUGGUAUCUGGAACACAAGAUGGUCAUAUUGCAGUCUCAGAUAUUAGAAAUAUAAGAGUACCUAUUAAAGAAUGGAAAGAGUCAAGAGCAGCCAUAUUAUCUCUAGUACCACAUAAGCAAGGGUUUUUUGUUGGAACGGGAGAUGGUUCAUGUUAUUUUGUUAAUGAACAACAAGAUACAGAAGUAGAGUUAACUGGUUCUGAUUGUGAUCCUAUUUAUUCCCUCUCUUGUGAUGGUAGCCAUAUUUAUUCUGCUUGUCGUGAUGGGAACAUCAGACGAUACUGUCUCAAUCAUUUCUAAUCAAAUUCAUUGAUUUAAGUGAAAAGAAAAUGUUGAAUUGGGUUGAUCGGAUCUGUUAUUUCAAUUAUUAAUGAGGCAAGCACAGUACAAUUAUGUUUUUGUUUUAAAGAUUAAGUUGGCUUGUUUAUUAGAUUAUAGUUUUAUUUUUGGCACAAUUGUCAGAUUGUCAUAGCACAAAACAAAUCUACAUAUGAUAUCCAUUGGAAUUGACAAUUUUAUUUUGGACCCGAUUCAAAGAUGUCUUAAUCAUUUUAAGUUCUUGUUAACAGUCUUUGUGGCAGUCUUACUUUUAAAUCGCUAAUUAACAUUAGCUAAUAUAAGAUCACUGUAUACAGCCUUGAAUACCAAAAUGACUGUGUAUAUAUUCCAUGUCUCAUAUUACAAUCAAUAAUAAUAAUGAAUCAUUUAUAUGUUUAUCAGAUUUAAUCAUUAUUCAAAUUUAGUGCAAAUUAAUUAUUUAAUCAACAAUCAGAAGAUAAAUGAUAUUGAUUGUAGUUACUACACAGUAAUAUGUUACAUAUACAUGCAUGAGGUAAAUUAAAGUAAACAAUGGCUAUUUUUCAUUGAUAAAAUGAACAGAACAUAUUGCAUGAAUUCUUUAUUAUGUUCAUACAAUAUCAGUUUUUCUCUCUCAAAAUGUUGUCAGGUUUUUAAAACCUUUAAUUAGAAAUAAAUAAUAGAAUCUUUAAAAGUGAAGGAAAUGGGGAGAAAAUUAUAUUUAAAAUUAUUUUUGUAUAAUGUACAUAAAAAAACCUUUUGUUACUGUAAAUAGAUUGAAGACAAUAAACCUUUAUACAUAAUAAUAUAGUGGUAUUUUACUACAUAUACAAAUUAAAGACAAUACACCAUUACAUGGUUGUAUAUUGUUAUGUAUACAUGUAAACAUAUACAGAUAAUCAUAAUGCAUGCUUAUUCUGGAUCUUCAAGGGUGGUUCAUACAAAAGGAGGGUUGUAGUUGCAUGUUUCAUUCAUUCAAAGUUUUGCAGCCCCCAUAUGAAGCAACCAUAUUUAGGGCUGUAUGCAGUGUUUUUACAUUAAAUAAGUCAUUUUUCACAAUUUCUAUCCUCCAUGAGUGUUUGUAAAUUUUAGAAUUUGGUGUCUUCCAUUUUACAUUCAGUAACAUAUUUCUUUCUGAUCAGUUUCUAUGAUUGAUGCUUAAAUUCAACUUUUAAUAUUUCAAUGUAAUUUAAGUUGGGAGCAUACAUACAUGUACAACCCUUCAUAUUUACAGAAUACUCAAGUAGACGUGAUGAGUAUUGGUAUACGCAUCUUGACUUUUUUUUAGAAAAAAGAACCCACCAAACUAACAGUGUUAUUUACUGUUCGAUAAUAUGCGAAUCUUGAAACAAGACCUACUACAUAAUUUGAGUUAUAUAGCAACGUUUAUGACAAUAUUAAACACUUUCAUUUAAAAGUUGAUUCAGUGUAAUAUUUAUGUAUUAGAAAGUAUUGUGUACACUUGCUAUGCCUACUAACAGGUAUAUAAUAUAUGUGAAUAUCAGAUUACCGGUAAUACAAAAUGAUGUUAUGACUCACCCUGUAUUAUUGAUUAAAUGUUAAAAUAAUAUAACAGCUAACUUCAAUAAAUAAUAUUAUAAACAAU